AGUGACAGUUAUUAAAUUCCACAUGGUUUUGAUUGAACUUGAGAUUUGAAAUGGUGUUUUAUUACAAGAUAGUUUUAAUAAGUGUUGUCUAAAUUAUCUGAAUAUUUAUUUUCCCAAAAUGUCUGACGUGCCUGAUCUUAGUUCUGAUGAAGAGCAUUACGAGGAAGAUGAAUGGCAAGAAAUGGAAACCGCUAACACUGCCGUGCCGUGUCUGUUUUGUACGAGCUCACUCCCAUCGAUCGAAGAAGCGGUGUCCCACUGUGAAGCUUUACAUGGAUUUAAAUUAGGUGAAUUAAAAGUUAAAUUUAAUAUGGACUGUUAUUCAUACAUAAAGCUUAUCAACUAUAUUACCACACACAAAGCUGAACCUCAUGUAAUUAUGGCCUCGGACAAAGCUUUGUGGGAUAACGAAAGGUAUUUAAAACCAGUAGAGAAUCAUGAAUGGCUUAUGUUCGAUUUUGAUUCCUUAGCAGAAAAGCCUAGUUCUCCUAAAUCAUACCAUGCUAAUGUUGAAAAUGGUUUAGUAACAUUAUCUCAAGCACAUUUUAUAGAACUUCAAAGGACAAUUCAAACACUGACAGAGCAAUUAAAAGAUAGUAAAACUCACUUACAAUUGGCUCAGGAAGACAUGUCUAAGAUGAAAGAAUCUAUGAAAUCUCUUGUUGAUAGUGGACCCCUUAGCAAAAGUGAUGAAAGUAGUUUGAUAAUUGAUUGCGUGUCAAAAGUGCCUUUAGAAAGUGAUGAGGGAUACUUCAGUAGCUAUGCUCAUUUUGGAAUUCACUAUGAUAUGCUAUCUGACAAAGUUAGAACAGAAAGCUAUAGAGAUGCAAUUCUCAAAAAUAAAGAUACUUUUAAGGGAAAAGUUGUGUUAGAUCUUGGUUGUGGAACAGGUAUUUUAUCAAUGUUUGCAGCAACGGCUGGAGCUAAAAAAGUGUAUGCCCUUGAUCAGUCUGAUGUCAUUUAUCAUGCCAUGGAUAUUAUUCGAGAAAAUAAGCUUGAAAAUGUUAUACAAACAGUAAAAGGAAGAUUAGAAGACACAAAAUUGGAUGAAAAAGUUGAUAUUAUUGUGUCAGAAUGGAUGGGAUAUUUCUUAUUAUUUGAAGGAAUGUUGGAUAGUGUUAUUUAUGCAAGAGAUAGGUGUUUAAAUACAGGAGGACUGUUAUUACCUAAUAAAUGUAAUAUAAGCCUAGUGGCUAAUGGUGAUGUAGAUACACACAAAAAAUUAAUAGAAUUUUGGUCAGAUGUAUAUGGUUACAAAAUGAAUUGUAUGAAAUCUGAAGUUGUCAGAGAAGCAACAAUAGAUGUUGUUUCAUUUGAGCAUGUUUUGUCUGAACCUUGUGUUGUUAAAGAAAUAGAUAUUAAUACUUGUACAAUUAAUGUAAUGAACUUUGAGUCAGAUUUUAAGUUGGUUGUUAAUAAGAAUGGUCAUCUUACGUCUUUGGUUGGUUAUUUUGAUACAUUCUUUGAAUUACCUGAGAAUGUGUCUUUCACAACUGGUCCUCACAAAACACCAACACAUUGGAAACAAACUGUAUUCUUUUUUAAAGAUUGUAAACAAGUCAGCAAGGGUGAUGUUAUUCAAGGCAAAAUUAUUUGUAAUAGACAAAAAACUGAUGUUAGGUCACUUGCUGUUGAAAUUCAACUUUUCGGAAAAGUUCAUAGAUAUAUUCUUAACUGAAAGUUACCACUUUUUUAAGUUACUUCUUGAUAAACAUUCAUUGAAUGGAUGUUACACCUCAAGUAUUUUAAGAUUGUCAUUAUAGUCAAUAUAUAAUUACAAACAAUAUAAUAACUUAAAAAGUGUGAAUUUGUAUUAGACAUCCCAAUAACCUACAAUUUGUAGAGUUGUUGGUCAUUUUAAUGUGGCAAUUGAAAAUCUUAUGAUGCAGAAAUAGUCAUUUUUUAAUUGGCAGUGUAUUGCUUGUUUGUAAGUUGCUAGUAGCAUUAUCAUAUACAGAUUUAUUGUUAAUGUGGCUGUGCUUUCAAGUGUGUGCCUUGAAUUUUCAAUUUCAUGUCAUGCCACAGUAUGCUAUUGAAAUGUCAGGUUAUAAACAAAAAUAAAAAUUUUCU